AUGAUGCAAUAUCUUGCAGUCCUAGGACUUAGUUAUAUCCUGACGUUCAGCUGUAUGUUAGUCCUUCAGUGCUGGAAAGGAAUCCAGAAAAAACGACGUGCAAAAGCAUGGGUGGAGCGGAUGAAAACAGAACAGUUUUCCCACAGCACAUUGGCUCAUUCAGCUGAUAAAGAAGCUCACCUUGAAAUUAAAACAGAAGUGCCCAUUCCAGAAUCUGAAAGCAUCACAAAGCAAGGAGCAAGCAACUUGUCAAGUGAGGCUACCCAAGAUGCUAUGAGUGACUCCUUCCUCUCCUUUCCAGAUGCAGAUCCAUGCAAACCAGUGUUCCACGAAGUAUUUUGUGCCUGUGCUCUUGCUCACUUCCCACCACUGCUUGAGCAUUCAGCCUCCUACCCUUGCUCUAAUAUUCGAGCCACAAGCACUCCAUUCAAGUCACCUCUGAAAUCUGCUGUGCUGAAAAAUGAGUCACACCAUGCUGGUAGCAACAUCUCUGCUUAA